AUGUCUAGUAAAGCGACUUUAGCCUUACUCAUCUAUGGAAUCAUAAUGCACUACAGCAUCCACUGCUCACCUCUCGGGCUAAGCUAUCCUAACCUUAGACUUGAAAAUGAGGUUUAUGACGAGGAUGGAAAUUCGUUACCGGACUUGGCUUUUGACAGUGAUCAAAUUGCUAUAAGAAGUCCCCCAUCUGUGGCGGACGACGUGUACACUUUAUACUACCCACCGGAGAAAAGAACGGAAAGGCAUGCAGACGGAAUGUUUAAUAAAGCCUACAGGAAAGCGCUGGGUCAGUUAUCAGCAAGAAAAUAUCUCCAUUCUCUGAUGGCAAAGCGUGUAGGUGGAGGGAGCACCAUGGAAGACGACUCUGAGCCUCUGUCAAAGCGACACUCGGAUGGGAUCUUCACAGAUAGCUACAGCCGCUACCGAAAGCAAAUGGCAGUCAAGAAAUACCUGGCGGCAGUCCUUGGGAAAAGGUAUAGACAGAGAUAUAGAAGCAAAGGACGCCGGCUAGCGUAUUUGUAG